AUAUUUUUACUGAUGUGAGCAAUAUGCCAAAGAUUUAAGAAAAAGAAAAAAGGAAAAAAAAUGAAGCGGGGGAAUUAGAAGGAGAAAAGGAGGGAAAGUUUCAAUAACAAAAGAGGGAGCGAGAGGAAAGCGGGCAGAGUGUUGGAAAUCAAAUUUCAAAACAAGAGAGAGAUGAAGAGAAUAAUCGAAGCGGAAGGAGAGGAGGUUGACUUCCUAUCAGCGGUUGCGGCUGCAGAAGAAUCCGUAGCCAAGCGCCACAAACCCAACCAAAACGACGUCGAGGGAGCCUACAUUGCCGCUCUUAGAGGGAGCAGAAGCCGUCUCUGGCAGCAAAUUACCCCCCUUAAUACUCAGAACAACGCUACUCGGCAGAGCAGAGUUGCUGCUUCUACAGCUGGUGGGUCGGUGGUUCCAGAGAAGAGUUGCCCGUGUGGGUCCGGUCCUUGUUUGGUUCUCACUGCUAAUACUCAUAGGAAUCGCGGCCGCAUGUUCUAUAAAUGCCCUCUUACGCAGGAAAAUGGAGGCUGUGGUUUCUUUCUCUGGUGUGACACUUCUUCCCAAACAAAUAGCAUGAAUAUGGCUAUGGCUACCAAGGUACUUCUUUGCAGGACUUCCCAAAAUCAUAAAAUUUUUUUACAUGCCAUUUUAGCUUGGUGGAAUUUACUAUCAUACCAACCAAUAAGCAGCAGUGUUAAAGGAGGAGAGAUAUUGAGUGGUAAGAGGAAACAGGGGGGAGUCAUGGGAAGUUCUUGUGGCUUGUUAAAAUAUUGCAAUGAUCAAAAUGUAUCUGCUGAUCUUCCUGUUAGUGCUUCUAAAGCCUACUCCAAUUUGUAUGAUCCAAGCAACAACACCAAUACCUUAAGAACUGGAUCUCUAUGCUUCAAAUGUGGAAAGGAUGGGCAUUGGGCGAAAGACUGUCAUGUUCCUUGUUCAUCUGAUUCUCCUGCUGAGUUUGGAGGAAAGUCUAUUAAAUCUGGCACUUGCUAUAAAUGCGGUAAGCCUGGGCACUGGGCAAGGGACUGCACUUCAAAUCAACACAAGAAUGCAGGCAAAAGCACUAGGUAAAUCUCUAAUUUGGCUAGUUAUUAGUUACACUGUAAAUUCAAAACAUUUCAAGACUGUAUGACUCGAUGGCCUACUUUCCAACAUGGU